AUGUCCUCUAAUUCAAGGCUCAAGCUCUCCGCUAGAACAGAUAAACGAAAUUCACAGUCCUUAGACCCUAUCUAUACCGCCAUUUCUUCAGCACCGUCAUCUCUCAUCUCUCACCCCGCCUCACAUCGAAAACUGCUAGUCCUGGACCUCAACGGUACCCUCUUAUUCCGCCCAAAGAGAUACACGAAACCUGCUCAUGAUGCACACGGCUCUGUCAGACUUAGAGUCAUACACCCGAGACCAUACAUAACUUCUUUUCGUGAAUAUCUGUUCCAUCCUCAAACGAAGAUUUGGCUCGAUACUAUGGUCUGGAGCUCCGCGCAACCGCCCAGUGUGAAAGACAUGGUUCAACGUUGCUUUGGCGACCGUCCCGGAGAGUUGAAAGCUGUUUGGGCCAGAGAUACCCUGGAUUUGGAUCCCAUUGCUUACCACAAGAAAUCUAUUACAAUCAAGGACCUCAACAAGCUAUGGAAGGCGUUCUCUUCACAUUCCGCCAAAACUACGCUUCUCGUUGAUGAUUCUACACAAAAAGCGCGGCUUCAACCUUGGAACCAUAUCUUUGUCAAAGAAUACGGACACUCCGAACGCCAGAGCGAUCUCAGCCACCUAUGGGGUUCCUCCCACCCAGACAAGAAGAAGCAAGACGACGUUGUCCCAGGCGUGUCUGAUCUAUUUGACAACCUGACUUUAUCUCCCUCCAUGCUCAAGACCAGCCUCGCCCCCCCACCUUCUUCUGACGCCUUUGACUCGAUUCUACUGGCGGUAAUUGGCAUCCUCGAUGCAGUCAAAUACCAGGAUAAUGUAUCUGGAUGGCUUAAAAGUGGUGGCAUUGUAUUGUGCGGCGCUGAAGGCAUGACAGGUGGUGGAGGGGGAAUCAUUGGAGAUCGUUGGUUUGACACAGUUCAUAUCGUGAAUUGGUGGGCAAACAAAGGGCGUGCAGCGUUGGCCGAGUUAAAUAUCGACGAAGUCGCCGGCUUGGUGGCGAAUAAGUAA